CUGGGAAGAUACAAAUAUAAAAAUAAAAUCCCAAAAUACCAAAUGCCAAAACCCUGAUUUGCUCUAAAACCUCAGGAAAUUGGCACACUCCAACUAUUCCAGCCUCCUUCUCCGGCCGAACAAAAAUGGAGUACGUUAAUCCUGAAGGUCUCCGUUUAGAUGGUCGCCGUCCAAUGGAGAUGAGACAACUUCGUGCUGAAAUAGGGGUUGUAUCGAGAGCAGAUGGUUCUGCCUCGUUUGAAAUGGGGAAUACCAAAGUCAUUGCAGCAGUUUAUGGUCCUCGGGAGGUUAAGAACAGGAGCCAACAGAUGAAUGACCAGGCACUGGUACGUUGCGAGUAUAGCAUGGCUAAUUUCAGCACUGGCGAUCGCCGGAGAAAAACAAAGGGUGACAGGAGAUCCACGGAGAUAUCUCUUGUUAUUCGCCAGACAAUGGAAGCUUGCAUAUUGACACACCUGAUGCCUCGCUCUCAGAUAGACAUUUAUGUCCAAGUCCUCCAAGCAGAUGGAGGUACAAGAUCAGCAUGCAUAAAUGCUGCCACACUGGCACUUGCUGACGCCGGGAUUCCCAUGCGUGAUCUUGUUACAUCAUGCAGUGCUGGAUAUCUGAAUAGCACACCUCUUCUUGAUUUAAACUACUUGGAAGACAGUGCUGGAGGUGCUGAUGUCACUGUAGGAAUUUUACCUAAGUUGGACAAAGUGACCCUUCUGCAGAUGGAUGCUAAACUACCAAUGGAUAUUUUUGAAAAUGUCAUGCAAUUAGCAGUUGAAGGCUGCAAAGCAGUAGAAAGCCACAUCCGAGAAAUAUUGUUAGAAAAUGCUCAGACAUUGGUCAUUCGCCAAGGGUAUGGCUCUUAACAGGCCGAGGAAUUUUUAUUGAGUCUUUGCAAUACCUGAAGGAAAAAAGGAGUCCUGGAUUUGCUGCUGCAAUUUUUUUUUAAAACAAUGGUUGAUCAAAAUGUAUUAAGAGUACUAUUCAGCCAGAGCUUGUGGAAAAAUGAUUUCUCCUAAUGUAUUCUUCACUUUGCCUAUGGUCUUUUUUUGCUAUGUCACGCUGCUUUUAGGGUGUGUAUUUAUGGAAAUUGAUGAUUAAUGUACAAGUUAAAAGUUAUUGGAAUAAAGGAACAAGGCUUUGCAGUGUUGUUACUUCAAA